GGAGUCGCUGCUGAGGCGGCCUCGGUUGCGGUACGGAACGGUGCUGCUCUGCGGGGCCGGUCCAGGCUGGCAGCUGCCGGCGCUUGGCGGUGAGGGCGGGCUCCCGAGUGGCCCCCCACCGAAGGCGGUGGGACCAGCGGCUGAGGCCAGGAUGCCGUCCAGGCGGCGCGGCGGCUCCUCACUCAUCCCAGGUUAGGGGGACGCGGCGCUCGCUGCGGCUCCGCUCCCCUCUCGUCUCCUCACACCCGGCCCCGUUCCUCGUCCUGGCAUCCCUUGGCCCCUUGUCGCCUUCUGCUCGGUGCCUCCCAGUUGUCCAACCCCGCCCCCGAGCGCAGAGCCCCGGGUCUCGCCCGUCCGGCCCCUGCUCCCACGCCCCUUCCCCCAUCGCCGGCGUUUCCCGGGCUCGGCUUCGCCCCGGCCGCGGGGGCCUCUCCCCUCUGCCCCUUCUCUCCCUUCUCGCAGCCCUGGGACCACGUCCUAGCCCCACAGUCCCCUGGGAUGAGACCUCGUCUCGCCGGGAUCGGACAUUUGCCCCCACCUCUACCCCGGCUGCGCUUCUUGAGCUCAUCGCCCCAUCAUCCUACCCUUUGUACGUAGUCCUGUCUGCAUGGCAGUCGCCCGCCCCGCUCCAGGUGUCCCUGGGUCUUGCCCUUUUGCUCCUAAGCACCUUCCUUUCCCAACUCGCCUCUUCUCCCCUCACUUUGACCACCCACCAUCGUGAUCUCCUCUUCUUUCCCUUACUCUUAAACCUCCAGACACUUUCCCACUCUGGAAUGCCAGAUUCAUCGCUUUUUUUUUUUUUUUUUUUUUUUAAAAGAGAUGGAGUCUCUUAUGUUGCCCAGGCUGGCCUCGAACUCCUGACCUCAAGCUAUCCUUCUGCUUCGGCCUCCAAAGUGCUGGGAUUACAGGCGUGAGCCACUGCGCCCGGCUCAAAUCCAUAGUGUAAUAUCUUCAUCAGCUGCACCCCAUAACAUGUAAAGUCCCUUGCCCAGAGUCUAGCACACAGUAGGCCUGGCACAUGGUAGGUGGUCACGCAUGUUAGCCUCUUCCUCCUUCCAGGCGUGUUGUACUUUCCAGAUGAUGGUAGCAAGAAGUCCAGUGUCCACAGGGAUUUGACUCUGCCUGAAGAAUGAUGAAAUCUUCAGGGACUUGAAGAAAGUGUGCAAAUAUGCAUCCUGCUCAUUUUUAUGUUGGUUAUCUUUCUGAAGAAGACUCUCCAUGGCCUGAACAUUUUCCGAAAAUCAUUUUGAGUAAAAUAUCUGUUUAAUAACAAGAUAACCACAUCAAGAUGGUUGGAAAGCUGAAGCAGAACUUAUUAUUGGCAUGUCUGGUGAUUAGUUCUGUGACUGUGUUUUACUUGGGCCAGCAUGCCAUGGAAUGCCAUCACCGGAUAGAGGAACAUAGCCAGCCAGUCAAAUUGGAGAGCACAAGGACCACUGUGAGAACUGGCCUGGACCUCAAAGCCAACAAAACCUUUGCCUAUCACAAAGAUAUGCCUUUAAUAUUUAUUGGAGGUGUGCCUCGGAGUGGAACCACACUCAUGAGGGCCAUGCUGGACGCACAUCCUGACAUUCGCUGUGGAGAGGAAACCAGGGUCAUUCCCCGAAUCCUGGCCCUGAAGCAGAUGUGGUCACGGUCAAGUAAAGAGAAGAUCCGUCUGGAUGAGGCUGGUGUUACUGAUGAAGUGCUGGAUUCUGCCAUGCAAGCCUUCUUACUAGAAAUUAUUGUUAAGCAUGGGGAGCCAGCCCCUUAUUUAUGUAAUAAAGAUCCUUUUGCCCUGAAAUCUUUAACUUACCUUGCUAGGUUAUUCCCCAAUGCCAAAUUUCUCCUGAUGGUCCGAGAUGGCCGGGCAUCAGUACAUUCAAUGAUUUCUCGAAAAGUUACUAUAGCUGGAUUUGACCUGAACAGCUAUAGGGACUGUUUGACCAAGUGGAAUCGUGCUAUAGAGACCAUGUAUAACCAGUGUAUGGAGGUUGGUUAUAAAAAGUGCAUGUUGGUUCACUAUGAACAACUUGUCUUACAUCCUGAACGGUGGAUGAGAACACUCUUAAAGUUCCUCCAGAUUCCAUGGAACCACUCAGUAUUGCACCAUGAAGAGAUGAUUGGGAAAGCUGGGGGAGUGUCUCUGUCAAAAGUGGAGAGAUCUACAGACCAAGUAAUCAAGCCAGUCAAUGUAGGAGCUCUAUCAAAAUGGGUUGGGAAGAUACCGCCAGAUGUUUUACAAGACAUGGCAGUGAUUGCUCCUAUGCUUGCCAAACUUGGAUAUGACCCAUAUGCCAACCCACCUAACUACGGAAAACCUGAUCCCAAAAUUAUUGAAAACACACGAAGGGUCUAUAAGGGAGAAUUCCAACUACCUGACUUUCUUCAAGAAAAACCACAGACUGAGCAAGUGGAGUAGCAGAACCAGGAGCCUCUUCCAUACAUGAGGAAAGAUUGCUGCCUUUUCAGCAGAAGGGAAAUUCCUAGGACUGGCUGUCCCCUGCCAGGUUUGGUGGAGCUUCUGCACCUUGGGUGCACCGCCUGUGCAUUUGCCAGUUUCCUCCCACUGAGAGGAUGGAGGUGUCCGCACAGCUUUGGGCCUCGUGAGGGAUCUGCCUCCUGAGCAAAGAGCUCUUGAUCCCGAUUUCGUGCACAGCCCUGCAGUAAGGAGCCCAGAAGGAACAUGUGUUUCCUGUUAAAACUCCUCUUGUCCUCUUUUCUUACCAGAUUAUGACGUUUGUUUUCAAGGAGAGGGUUUAAAAAUUGGAUCCUGUAAGCAGACUUGGGCAGUCUCCUUUUGAAAUAGGUUGUCUGUACAUGUUCUAAUGUUUUGUAGAACACGUGUACCUGUUUAAGUGUAUUGAUGUGAAUAAUAUUAAAUAUCUUAAUUAUUUAAUUCAUUGUAUUGUUUCUGAGAAGUUGGGAAAUUACCAUUAUACAUUUACAACUUAAUGACUUUUGUAUUUUAUUUUUCAAAAUAAAAGCUUUCAAUGUGAAGCA